CUCUUUUUUCUUUUCUCUUUCUUCUUCUCUCUCUCUCUCUCCUGAUUUUGCCCUCAAUUAUUUAUACGAAAAACGCCACUGCUCUGCCCGGCGGCGAAGCUGGAUUUAGCCGGAAUCUGAGGAAGGAGAUGGAAGGAGGAGUGUCUUCGGCGAAGUCAAUACUGGAGAAGCCUCUGAAGCUACUAACGGAAGAGGACAUUUCUCAGCUCACGCGCGAGGAUUGCCGCAAAUUCCUCAAGGAGAAAGGAAUGCGAAGACCUUCUUGGAACAAAUCCCAGGCGGUCCAGCAAGUUUUAUCCCUCAAAGCUCUCUUUGAGCCCGGCGACGACUCCGGCGCCGGCAUCCUCCGCAAGAUCCUCGUUUCUUACCCUCCAAUUCCCUCUCGCGUCACAACACCGUCGACUGAGCCAAGCAACGAGCUUGGUCAGAUUCCUUUCCAGGAAGAUGAUGGCCCAUGCCUCAGGAGAGAUUCCCCCAGAUCAGCUGAGUUUUCUGGUGGCUCUGCUCACUAUCUAGCCGACAAAGACAGCCACAAAACACUCUCUCCCAGCAGAAGCCCAGCAGAAACAAGUGCGCUGGCUGGGCAAAUGACCAUAUUCUAUAGUGGAAAAGUUAAUGUAUAUGAUGGUGUACCACCUGAAAAGGCUCGGUCAAUCAUGCACUUUGCAGCCAAUCCUAUUGAUUUUCCUGACAAUGGUGUUUUUCCUUCUAGUCGAAUGAUUUCCAGGCCCGUGACUAAAGAAAAGAUGGUGGAGCAUCCUCAUUAUGGCCUUGAGAAGGCAAACGCUUCUCGUGAUUCUGUUCUCGUGUGUGUGUGUGUUGGUCUUUCUGAAGAAGCGGAGGGUCAGGCGAACAGAAAAGUGUCGUUGCAAAGAUAUCGUGAAAAGCGGAACGAGAGAUUGUUUAAGACCAGAAAGGCUCCAGGAGUGGGAUCAUCUAGCUCGGAGAUGUAUCUGAACCAUAGUCAGCCACUGAUGAACGCUGCUGCAUAUUCACAAAACCCUAGUGGCGGCACAGGAGGAGAACACCAGUCACCUCAAAACCAGACAAGAAGCCCCAAUCUUUCAGUUGAUCUGAACUGUGAUCUAAACAGUGAAGAUAUCUAACACGAUGCAAAAAAGCCGGGUUAAGCUCACUCAAUACACGAAGGAGAGGAACAGUUGAUGUUCUUUUUUUUAAAAAAGUGCCAUGUACAAAAAGGGAUAAAAAAGCAGACAAGGAAUGUUCAUUGUGUGGAAGAAACAUGGCUUAAGAAUGAGCUGGAGGAGAAGUCUUUUUGUUGUUGUUUUGUUUUGGGUCUGUAGUUUUGAGUUAGGUUAGUGACGGGAAUGUUCUUUGUUUCAACAUAGAGGCAAAGAGAGAGUGAGAGAAUGGCUGGGGGAUUUUUCUUCAGGUCUGUAUUAUGUAAAUGUUGACGCUUCUGAAAAUGAGACCUCUUUUUUAUUUGA